AUGGAGAAGCUCUCCCUCACCCCAGAGAACUAUGGCACUGUCCGCCGCUACUUCAUCCAGACGCUCGAUGACCACAUGCUGUCGCCGGACGCCCAGGAGAAGCUGGUCCGCGAGAACCCUCCUGACGGCAUCUUCAAGAUCAAGGGCGGCGACCACUGCCCCUUCUUCUCGAAGCCGCAGUCUCUCAACAAGAUCCUGCUGGAGAUCGCACAGAUCCAAGCUCCCUCGGCGCUGCUUCCAGGCAAGGCGAGCGCUGAGGAAACUGCUGCUGCCACGGAGGCGGUGGCGGCGAAGUCAUGA